GGGCGCCGUGGGAUGUGGAAAAAGAGGCGGGAAGGAGGGCUCGUCUAAGCCGAAGAGAACCCGAUUCCUGAGAUUUUAAUCAAGAAUUCUGAAAACUCAAAUGUGGUUAUGGCUUCAUCAGCAUCAGAAUACACCAUUGGAGGUGUGAAAAUUCUCUUCCCUUGCAAGGCAUACCCUUCACAGCUUGCUAUGAUGAAUGCAAUUGUGAAGGGGCUCAAUUCCAAGCAGCACUGCCUGUUGGAGAGUCCUACUGGAAGUGGGAAAAGCCUGGCGUUGCUUUGCUCUGCAUUGUCAUGGCAACAGUCACUUUACGACAAACCGCUUGAUGACUUGCCAUGUUCAAAGGAAUGCAAGAAGCCAGAGACCUUGAUGCCAUGUGGCUGUCGCUGUCAUGCAGCUCAGGCCCAGGACAGUGUAGCGGUGAGCCAAGACGCAUCUUGUUCCUUCACCAACAGUGGAACAGUGACACCCAUGAAAAGUGGAACCAAGUCAAGAAACAAAGCAGACGAGAUCUCAAGAACCACACUCGCUUCCAAACUAUCUGCAAAGAAGCAGGCGUCUUCGCAUGAAGAUGGAGAUGAUGAUUUUAUAGUAGAUAGGAAAAGGAUUCGUUCAUUAGAAACAGACCAGCAGGCAAGGAAACGGCACCGGCUGUCCCAAGGAACCCAGUUAGUUGACGCUCUGGAGGUUUACCGGCAGCAGAAAAAUGGGGAAUUGACUGUGUGCUCUGAAAAAUCGGCCCCUUUCUCUCUCAAAACAUUACAGCCUUCCAGUGCCUGCACUCAGUGCUCCUGUUCUUCGGUGAAAGCAAAAGUCAAAGAAGCAACUGAUGAAAAGAAGAAAGAAAAUGGAGGAAAGGCAUUUGUCCCCAGAAUAUUUUUUGGAACUCGCACCCACAAACAAAUUGCUCAGAUUACUAGGGAGAUGCGGAGAACGGCAUACUCAGAUGUCCCCAUGACUAUUCUUUCUAGCAGGGACCACACUUGUGUCCAUCCAACAGUGUCCAGCUGCAGCAGCAAGAAUGAAAAAUGUGUAGAGUUGUUGGAAGCCAAAAACGGCACAUCUUGUUCUUACUACCAUGGAGUCCACAAGCUUAGCGAACAUCAUGCCUUAAAAUCUGCACGUAAGAAGUACCAGGCUUGGGACAUUGAAGACCUAGUGAAACUCGGGAAGAAGCUACGUGCCUGUGCCUAUUUCGCAGCUCGAGAGCUUAUGGCGGAGGCUAAUAUAGUGUUUUGUCCUUACAACUAUCUUCUUGACUCACAAAUAAGAGAGAGUAUGGAGAUUGACUUGAAAGACCAGGUGAUCAUUUUAGAUGAAGCUCAUAAUAUUGAGGAUUGUGCACGGGAAUCAGCCAGCUACAGCGUGACGGAAACUCAACUCAAAUUGGCCCGAGAGGAGCUGGACACCAUGGUGAAUAACAACAUUAGGAGGAAGGAUCACGAACCAUUGCGUGCUGUAUGCUGCAGUCUGACAAAUUGGUUGAGGGAAACUGUUGGUCAGCUUGUGGAGAGAAAUUAUGAGACCUCCAGUAAGGUUUGGAGUGGAAGACAAAUGGUGGCAUUCCUGCAUGAUAUGGGAAUAACCAAUGCCACGUUUCCCAUAUUACAGAAACAUUUUGCUGCUGUUCUUGAAAAGGAGGAAAAAGUAAACCUGUUCAAUGGAGGAGAAGAGCUUGUUUUUGUUCCAGUUAUAAGCCCUUCGACUCAGAUUAUGCUGAAGGGGUUAUUCAUGGUCCUGGGGUAUCUUUUUAAAGAGAAUCACAGGUUUGCUGAUGACUACAGAGUUGCAUUGCAGCAAGCCUACGUUUGGACUAAUGAAAAUCCAGUUGAUACUCCAGAUGAGAAUGGUUUCUUUGCACGACCAAAAAGAAGAUCGCGACAAAAAACAGCAGUGCAUACACUCAGUUUCUGGUGCUUGAAUCCGGCUGUGGCCUUCUCAGACAUGUGUGGCAAUGUCAGGUCAGUCGUGUUGACCUCAGGAACGCUGUCUCCAAUGGACUCCUUUUCUUCUGAGCUUGGUGUGAAGUUUUCCAUUCAACUUGAAGCAAACCAUGUUAUCAGGAAUUCCCAGGUGUGGGUUGGUACUGUUGGAGCUGGCCCUAAAGGCAGGUCAUUAUGUGCUACGUUCCAGCACACUGAAACCUUUGAUUUCCAGGAUGAAGUUGGGGAGCUUCUGCUCUCAGUUUGUCAGACCAUCGGCCAAGGGGUUUUGUGCUUUGUGCCAUCAUACAAGAUGUUAGAUAAACUGAAAGAUCGCUGGCUGCACACUGGCUUAUGGAAAAAGCUUGAACUGAUUAAGACAGUCAUCGUGGAACCUAAAGGAGGCAACAAAGCUGACUUUGACGAGCUGCUGCAAGUAUACUACGAUGCCAUAAAAUUUAAAGAAGGAAAAGAUGGGGCGCUUCUUAUUGCUGUCUGCAGAGGCAAAGUCAGUGAAGGCUUGGAUUUCUCUGAUGACAAUGCCCGUGCUGUUGUAACCAUAGGAAUUCCAUUUCCAAACGUGAAGGACCUUCAGGUUGAGCUUAAGAGGAAGUACAAUGACCUACAUUCCAAAGACAGAGGACUUUUACCAGGCGGCCAGUGGUAUGAAAUCCAGGCCUUCAGAGCUCUCAACCAAGCAUUGGGCAGGUGUAUUCGCCACAGGAGCGAUUGGGGAGCGCUUAUUUUAGUUGAUGACCGCUUCAGAAGGAACCCAAAUAAAUACAUAGCUGGAUUGUCAAAAUGGAUUCGUCAGCUAGUCCAGCACCAUGAAAACUUCGAUUGUGCCCUUGGUUCUUUGGAUGCGUUUGCUAAAUUAAACCAGAAGAGCACAGAUUCUUCAACUCAGGGUAAUGACAUAUCUGUGCUCAUGUCUUCAAGCUCAAAAGAUCUGUCAUCAAGUUCUUUACUGGAGGCAACUCUUCAUCUAUCACCAGGUGUUACUGUUGAAAGAGAAGUGCAUGAUUUAACCCUAGAAACACUUUCUGCUGCAGACGUCAUUGCAAUUAAUCCAGUGACAUCCAGUCAGUCAUGUAACAGAUCUGCAAAUCAACAAAAUCUUCAGCCACUCUACCAGACUGUAAAGCAAGAAAACCUAACCGACUCCAAACCCAAAACCUUGACUGGGAAGAACAAGAGGGAGAAAGCAAAUAAUCAGCUCUCCUCUGUCAGUAUAAAACAGUAUUUCAGUAAACCAUUGACUUCAACACCCCUGCUUGCCCUGAAUGAGAAAGACCUCUCCAAAGCUAAAUGCCAACCAAAGAUGCCAAUGGAUGAAAGUACCCAGCUUGUUGCAAAUGAACCCCAGCAGAAUGUGUCUUUGGUUGAGGAACACAGGGCAACUGGGUUGUCACCAUGUAGAGAACCAAUUAGCUUUUCUGCUGGAAAGGCCAUUCAAGAAUAUCCUACUGAGCAGCAGCUCUGGGCUCAUGAAGAGAGAAGGGACGUGGCAUUUUCUCCAGUGAGAGGAAACACGAGCCUUUCAACAUCAGAUAUAGCUGCAGAGACAGAUGCCGACGAUGACAGUAUCUAUUUCACACCUGAACUUUUCAACAGUGUCGAGUCAGCAGUACAGAAAAGCGAGUUGUCAACUCAUACUUGCAGCGAGACUGGGAUUUCCUUUGAAACUGCAAGCUCUAUUAAAGUUGAAGAGCUUUAUGAAACCAGUGCUGUAAAGCUAGUAGAUGCAGUGGUCAGCAUUAAAACCGAUGCUGACACGAAGGCAGAGGAGCCUGGAAUCGUGCAGUGCAGUGAGAGUGCUGGAGGGGCAGUCAGAGCAGCUGGACACAGUACUACUAGCAUAGGUGAAGCUGAGCAGGAGGCAAAGAGAAAGAAGCUUUCCAGAUCACAAAACAAAGGACUGAAAGUACAGAGAACAUAUAAACGAAGAAUCAGGAAACCAUCUAUUAAAGGAGGGGCCAAGUCACUGACAGGAGAUGCUGAGAGUUCCAACUUGCAAGUCGGUACUGUGUUAUAUUCUCUGGAGGUGAGAAAUAUUGCCUUAAGUAACUGCAGAUUGCACCUCAUUAUUAUGCAAACGCAUUACCAAGAGCAAGGAGCCCAGAAGUAGCUCAUUAACGUUUCUUUCCCUUGAUUUGCAACAGAUUUUCUAUUGGGGAGUGUGCAGGCAAUAAUUGCUAAUUAU